AAAACUUUUCUUUCAAUGGGUGCAAAACUGCCCCUCUCCACGGACCGCUGACUCCUCCUAGUGUACAUGUAGAACUACGCUCUAUACAAGCCGUGUACAAUAAAUAUAACAAUUAUCGGGAGUGGCAUGCAUGUAUGCGUUUGGCGUUGGACAGGGAAAUACAGUACUGGGCCUACAAUAUCAAACCAAGUAUUUUCAAGGAGAUAUCCAUGUGUUUUGGUCAAUCAACACUUUAUAGUAAAACUCUAUCACUUCUGGCUUUUCGGUGGUGCAUGUGAAAAGUAUGUCAGCUUCUACAUGUUCUAGUACAAGACAGUAUUCCAGGCCCGCUGUGUUUGGUAUGUAAGGGCACGAUCUGAAUGUGAGUGUGUAUAUGACCCGUGACAUUUUAAACGGUCCCGUGUGAGGUAAAUAUUUGAGCCAUUCUUCAUAUGCAUGUGAACUAGCAAAAUGGGGAAAUCAUAUCAACAUUUGAACUAUACUCUGAUUGUGAUGAUAUGUCUGUUGGUGACAUGGGCGUCUGGGGAUACUACAACAACCUCUGAGGCAAUCAUGGGGAGUGACGAUACGACGACUGCCGUGCCCCAAAACACUUCGUUGGAGGUUACACAAGGUCAAUCGUCGUCUGCUACGGAUUGUACAUUAACCCUCCAAGCAGACAAGAAAGAGGAUGUUGAUGAUAAGAUACGUGAAGUCUUCCAGGAUAAUGCUGUUUUCAUCUACUUUAAACUGAAAAUUUCGGAUCUCCAGAAUGUUUAUGAUAACAGAUCUAACGUCAUUGAUCCAACUACCUGGGUAUGGGCCCUGGAGGGAAAGGGAGAGUUGCUCCUCUCGUAUCCCUUUGACUUUGAACAGCUCUCGCUUGGGACUCUCAGUUUGGGCGUGGUCAAUAUUGAGGUACCUGUAAAUACUCCUCCUGAUGAUUGCUUCCAGAAGGCCACAGAUAAUGAUAAAGAACGGAUUCUAGCUAGCUUCAUAAGUAGUCUCGUUCAAUCUACAAACGACACCUUGAACAUCACCAACAAAGAAUUCUAUGCAGACAAAGGAGCAAUGGUCUGUCUAGAAAAGCAAAGGUCUGACGAUUUUGACCUAGUUGGGGUAUAUGGCUUUCCUCUCUGUACUUAUUACAUCAUUCAAGGGAGUACACUUUAUGAGUGUUGGGCAGGAGAUGGGAAUCCCUUCGAGAUUGAAUCAACACUUGUUCGUAAACAUGAUUGGCUUGGUGUCAUCCUUGCCCUUGGAUUGAUUAUGGCACUUUUCUCGCCAUUAUCAGGGAGUUUCUUCAUCAGAGGACAAGAACUUAUCGAGAGAGAUGGAAAGGACUACAUCGCACUCAAUUCUGACCUUCCUCUUGGACUCAAAUACCUACUAUGCUUUAGCUGUCAAAAGUACACCGUGGUUGUUGCUGCCCGGUGGUUUAUUUAUGUUGUCGCUUUCAUGAUUAUUCCAUUCAUUCCUUUCAUUGUAUCAUACACCGUGAGUGGCGAGGCGUUCGUUUACCGCCUCGAAGUCGCGUAUGAACUCCUGCUUAGCAAAGGCCUUGUCAUCUUCUGGUUCAUCUUUGUGAAUGUAAUAUUCUUAGCAAUAGCCAUGCUCUUCCUUGGUCUCUACUUAUACGACGAUUUGUUUAGUCUUGAAGUAAAGGAUGAAGAUCGAGUUGACUUUGGGCUUGUCAUACCCCUGACAGAGAAUCUGUAUGUCCCAAAGAAACCAAGUUCACCAAAGACAGCAUUUAGCACGUUUAUGUAUACCAUGAAGUAUCGAACCUUUAUGGCCAUUAACCCUGCACUUUGGAGUUAUUGGUUCUCACCAAUAUGGAACUUUACUUAUGGUCUCCUAGGAGGAGUCAAACAAGAGGAAAACAAGAAUAAAUGUCGUCUUCUUGUCACCUUUCUCAUUUUCGUCAUCGUCUUCCCAUUUGCUCUAAUCUUAUUCUGUUUGGUCCUCCUAUUCAACUCUGUGCCUCUAUUCUACACGGUGACAUGGACUGUUGCCAAGUGUACCAGUAAAAAGCCCAACGCCGUUGAAAUCUUCGCCGCCUUCUCUGCCAUGUUCCUUUCCUUCGCGGUCAUUUUCAUUUUCGUAGCUGCUUUCGUCUAUGUCGCUGAGCUAAUCGGAUACACUUUCAUCGGAUUUGUUUUGAAUUCGGAUUUUGCAGGCCCGGUAGUUGUCGUCAUAAUCACGGUUUUCGGGUACUUAGUCACGGCAGUUACCAAUUUCUAUGACAAAUAUUGUGUUCUCCUAAAGAGAAUUAUUGAGAAAGCAGAGGAGGUGGACAAGCAAAAUUCGAAGAAGCCGUCGGGGAUGCAAGCUCGACCUAAUAGCGAAACUGAAGGUGAAAUGAGCGAUACAGAAGCAACCGACCAUGAAGCUAUUGAACUUCAUCCCAAUGUUGGAGAGGAUGAAGCCGUUGCAACAAACCUUAAGCUCAUCAAAUACGAGAACGGCGUUCCCAUUAUUCCAUUUCAUCUCUUCAAACUUGUUAUUCAAAAGUAUCAGCCAGUUUACCUCGAGGUCGCUGGCAUUGUAUUCCAACUGUUACUCAUCGCCAUCGUCGUCGCUUUCGGACUGACAACUAUCAUUUUCAUUGACGGAGUCAGUGACCUGCCAGCGACUGUAGAGUUCUUCGCAACGGUGGUUGUGGCGGGCGUUGUGCCUGUAUUGAUGUUGAUAUUGAAGUCUCCAGGAAAACUAGAGAAUGAUGAUGAAGUGAAAGCCCGCCAUCUUGAGUCGGACCUUGAAUAUUACUCUCAGAAGGAGACCUUUGAAAAAAUGUUUUUAUAAACCAUUCCAAAUAUUGAGUUAUUACGUUAGUGGAGUGGUGUAGGUUGGAUAAUAGAAUUCAUUAAAUAACAUGCACAUGCCAUAGUCAUGGCCUGUUUGACAAUCGACAGAACGGUUUGAUUGAUAUUAAAAUAUUUCCGUCCCACAAAAAAUCAAUUCCAUUUUCCCACAAAGCAACCACAUUGUCAAAAAGCAACACCCACACCGACGUUUCUUUUACUAUGUAUGAAAGGUUUUUCGAAUGUGUGUAUUUUAAUUGAAAGUUUAUUUCCUGUUUAUAACAUGUAUCUUUUCUUAUAUAUUUGAUAUUCUUAAACGACUGAAAUUUUAUUUUAAAUCAUCAUUUCGCCUGAUGGUCAUUUUCAUGUUUUUGCUGAAAAGUGGGGGCUGCCCCCCCCCCCUCCCGUACCAUUUGCUUGUUAUGCACAUCUGUCGUUUUAUCGUAUUCGUUCGUUCGUUCGUUCUUCUUUUUUUUACUAGAUUCAUUGUUAACUUUAGUUAGCCCACCUGUGCGCUUUGAAACACCCGUAUAAAGCGCCCUAUAAAUGUUAGCUUUAUUAUUUAUUAUAAUUAUUUGUAUAUGUUUAUGUGUGUAAUGCAGUUCUACAUGUAUAUUAUUUCCAUGAUAUUUCAUUCCACUGUCUUGUAAUACUCUUCCAAGUAAUUGAUUUUGAAUAAGUGAUGAAAAAAUAUUGAUUAAUUAUUGCAGUAUGAAAUAUGACUCUGUAUGCAAAGGGGGAGAGGUAAUGAUUAUGAUAUGCAAACGUGCACCUAAAAUUGACAGUAAUAUGUAGAGUAUUUAUUUGUAAGGUAGAGAUUCGAAGAUUAAGACCCUGUCAAAUACUGCCUCCCAGCUCUCCUGCACAGCAGGGGGCGCGGAACUGUUUUCAAAGUGGGGGGGGGGGGGGCUGAGCCAAAAGUGGGAGGGCUGACCAUGCAAAAAAUCACAAUCUUAUGGUCAUUUUUACGUUUUUGUACACGGUUUUGGAAAAAGUGGGGGGGGGGGGGGCUGAAGCCCCCAGCCCCCCCCCCCGCUUCCGCGGCCCCUGCACAGUACCAGUCGGACAAAAUAAGUCAGUACACUCAUUUUACUUUUAAAUACCAAUUCUUCAGCUGUUCAGAGACGUGUAUAAACGUUAACAGACAGCGAUAUGUACUUACUGCUUGCUUUGAAACCAGAUUUCGUACAGUACUUGUUGCUAUGUUGGGUUAGGCUUACUUGAAAACCAGAUUUCGUACAGUAUACUUGUUGCUUUGUUGGGCUAGGCUUACUUGGAAACCAGAUUUCGUACAGUACUUGUUGCUAUGUUGGGUUAGGCUUACUUGGAAACCAGAUUUUGUACAGUACUUGUUGCUAUGUUGGGUUAGGCUUACUUGGUAACCAGAUUUCAUACAGUACUUGUUGCUUUGUUGGGUAAGGCUUACUUUGAAACCAGAUUUCGUACAGUACUUGUUGCUGUUGGGUUAGGCUUAUUUUGAAACCGGAUUUCACACAGUACUUGUUGCUAUAUUGGAUUAGAUUAACUUGGAAACCGGAUUUCUUACAGUACAUGUAGCUAUGUUGGGUUAGGCUUACUUGGAAACCAGAUUUCGACUUAUGGACAUGAUGGAGGGUCAAGUUAAUAACUCAUUUGAUAUUAACAUUGGAUUCAAACCCUCUUGUUUCGGAGGCCCUAUGUACAUCGAUUAAAAAAGGGAAUAGAAGGUCCGAAUUUAUUUAGGUAUUAUAAACCCUAAAGUUUCAUUGUAAAAGGAUUUUGGGAAUAAACAAAACUUGAAGGUCAAGUCCACCUUAGAAAAUGUUGGUUUGGAUCAAUAGAGAAAAAUCAGACAAGCAUAAUCCUGAAAAUUUCAUCAAAAUCGGAUGUAAAAUAAGAAAGUUGUGACAUUUUUAAAGUUUCGCAUAUUUUUCACAAAAUGGUUAUACGCACAAUUUAGUCACAUGCAAAUAAGAGAAUCAAUGAUGUCCCUCACCAUUUCUUUUGUUUUUUAUUGUUUAAAUUAUACAAUAUUUCAAUUUUUACAGAUUUGACAAUAAGGACCAACUUGACUGAACCAUAAAAUGUUAAACAAUGGUAAUUCCACAUGUUCAGGGUGAAAUAAAACUUUGUUUCAUAUGACAAUGAGGGGGAAAUUAGAAUAUUUCAUAUUUCAUAUAAUAAAAUACAAAAGAAAUAGUGAGUGAGUGAUGUCAUCAGUCCCUCAUUUGCAUACCGACCGCGAUGUGUAUACUAUUUUGUGAAGUAAAACAAAACAUUAAAAUGUCAUAACUUUCUUAGUUUACAUCCGAUUUUGAUGACAUUUUCAGUGUUAUGCUGGUUAUGUUGGGGUGGACUUAUCCGUUAAGGAUACUUUAUACAGUAAAAAUGCUGUUUAAAGUGUUUAAAUAACACUGUUAACUAUGUCAACCCCAUAGUAGUUUAAAUGGAUUAACAAGUGUAUAAAACCUUGAACUAUAAAGUUUAUUUUUUAAUCAGCUGUUUUCAGCUGUAAACGAGUAUAUAAGGUCGAUAUAGUAAAUAGCAUUCUAUGAAAUUUCAACCCCAUACCGAUAUACUGUUAAAUUAUAAACCAUCUGAUUUAAUACAGAACUUUUCGUACAACCCCCUUUUUAAGUGUUCAACGAUUAUCGAAUUUUAAUGUAUAACGGAUUACUGCUUAAUUCAUACACUGAUGAUUAUUGGCCUAUGCCGAUUAGGAAUACAUGUAUUCCGUGUUUGAAAAUUGUAUGAUAAUUUACAAAUAGUCUGGAAAUGGUAUGCAUGAAGAGUAGGCGAGGGAUCACUGAAAUCGCUUUAAUAACCGUUGUGGGGUAUAUUUUCAAAUACAGGAUAUAUGCCAAACUUAUGUUUUUUGUUGAUCUCAAUAAACUGAUGUAUAAUUUUUUAU